UGGGCAGGCUCCACUCUGCACUGGUAAAUCUCCCUGCUCCGUCUGCUCCCCUUUGUCCUCAUGCCGUUAGACGCCUGCCAUCUGCUCCAUGUUAUUAUUAUAGGCGGAUUUAGAUGUAAAGAAGCUGCUGCUCCCUUUCGCCCACAUUCAGCCCCAGGAGCUGGAGCUGGACACGUGUCGCCAGACUCGGUUGGUUCUACUGGUUGUUUCUCACAGAGCUGAACUUCGCCUCAUUCUCCACUCCACGGUGUACGGUUGCCUGGUGACGUCAGCGUCCCAGCACAGAGUUCCCUUUUCUUUUCAUCAGCAGCAGCAGAGUUAGCUUUAGCAUUAGCAGCCUGCGGAGAGACAUCAGCCAGGAUGCUUUUCACUCUCAGCCCUGGCUGCUGCUCCGGACUCCGCCUGAACUUCGCGCCCGGAACCCUCCUCCGCGUGUGAGGCUGUGAAACCGGCCGAUGCUCCGAGGAGCCGCGGUGCUGAGGAGAAGCCGACGAUGAGAGCGUGGACUCCGGAGCUGAGACUGACGAGUGAGUGGGUCAACAGCCGUUAGCUCCGAGGCUAAGGCUAGCUAACGCCGUUUUAUCUCGCCCACAAUGGAAAGCAAUUCUUCCUAAGACAGGAACACGAGGGAAAGUGAUGUUUUAAACCAGCAGCGUAACUUCUCCUCUAACUUUUUAACACUUCGCUGCAGUGUGUUGUCGCCGCUGCGCUCGUUUGUGUUGUUUUUCUCAUAAAUUAGUUCUUACACUGACGUUAGGCAACAACAGAUGUGUUGUCAUGGUGACCGCGGGCAGAGGGGGCCGGCGCCACAAGAUGGAGACAGAUCAUCUCUGACGUGUCCGUGAGCUCAUCUCUCACGUGCUUCUCAUUGUGUGUCCCGUGCAGAUCAGACCGCGGCGCGAUGUCGUCAUCUGGCAUUGAGCUCACGACCAGGCGGGUCAGGCGGCAGCAGCAGCUCCUGAUAAUGAAUUUGCAUCUUCUAGCCAACCCCGGAGACUCUCUGCUGCUGCAGCACACACUGGACCGCCUGCUGCGCUGGCUCUGCCCAAGCCUCCGCAUCUUCCAUGUGUCAGAGAGGGCCGCACCAUUCAGGAGCUACACCCGCCUCUGUCCCGUGGCAGGCUACCCUUCCAUGGCCAUCACUUUCUUCCUCCACGAGGCCUACGGGGAGGAGCGAAUCCUCAAAGUGCUGGACUUCUUCCAAAGGCCUCCGUGGCAGUACCAUCACACAGAGAGCGGCGGCAACCGAGCCGGGGGGAUUCACAUCACCUCCACCAGCUCCCCCGCCAAAGCCCUGCUACAGCCCUACCUCCUGCCCAGCAGAGACUUUUACAGUCUGGGAGCGGGGAUGCCUGUGUGGGGGGUUCGACCGGUGCACUGCGGAGGAGAAAUACUGCGUGUGACACUGUACAGUGGAUACGACAACUAUGAGGACGCUGUGCGGCUGUACGAGACAGUGCUGCAGCAGCAGGCAGAGGAGCAGAAGGCCGGCUUCUGCUGGUUCACGCUCCACACAGAGCCAGGGUUGUGCCUGCAGCUGGCGUUAAAGCAGUUGUCGCCGGGGGUGCGGGUGGAGCCGUGCAUCUCCGCCGUGCUGCAGUUCAGUGUGGAUGAGAUUGGACAGCUGGUCCCACUGCUGCCUAACCCGUGCACACCCAUCAGCAACACACGCUGGCAGACUGAAGACCUAGAUGGCAACAAGGUUCUUUUCCAGGUGAAAACGCCAGCUCAGCCUCAGCGACCUCUGACCUGUGCUUUUCCCCCGACCUGCCCCAGCGUAUCCCCUCGGGGAAUCCAGCUCAGGAGCUCGGGACAGGGCCACAGCCUGUCGCCCUGCAGCCUCACCACCCCCCUGCCCUGGCAAGCGCACAGGCAAGGUCAAAGGCCUCUCCUGGACAAGCACCAUGGAGGAGGAGGAGGUGGAGCAGAGAGCCUGGGAUCAGGCAGCUGCUGCAGCACCCCUCCAGGCAGCUCCUGUUACUCAUCCCAGCACAGCAGCCCCGCACCGCCCUCCUCCUCCAAUCAACCGGACUCUCCUCAGCGCCCCUCCAUCAGCCACUCGCUCUCCCAUCUUCUCCUGGAAGAGGACGAGGAGGAGCCAGAGACCAACGUAGACACGGGAGUUCCCAUCUCACCUUGCUCUGAUGUGACGGUCAAAACCCUCACCCGCUCUGCCUCCGUGGACCUUUUAAUGACUUUUCACUCGGACAGACCUGCAGCCGUUGGGGCUUCCGCUGUCGAGAGUCUUGCCAGGGAGUUGAGGGAGUGUCUGCCAGAGACACACACACUGCCUCAGGGCCCCUCCAGGACGCGGGGCUCUGCUGGUUUUACAAAUGGCGGCAGGGAGGGUUGUAACAGCAGGACUAGCAGAGUGGGACAGAGUCCCUUCAAAGGGCCUGUGGUUGAGAAGAGGACUACUGCUGCACUGCUAUCAGCACGCACAAACAAUGAGGAGCCAGUAGAUGAGUUCUUCAUCUAAAAUCCUGCCCCUGUGCCAC